UUUUGUCCCUCUUGUUCCUUAUCGCACAAGAAGAUUUUCUUGGACGCGGUUUUGGACAGUGGACACGCUGGACGCGGAGCAGGAUCCACGCAGGAGGCACAAACCGGACACCGUAUUCUUCAUUUGCGGUUUUAACACGAUGGAGCCAGCCUUCGGUGAGGUGAACCAGCUAGGCGGUGUUUUCGUGAACGGCAGGCCGCUCCCGAACGCCAUCCGGCUCAGGAUCGUGGAGCUGGCCCAGCUCGGGAUUCGACCCUGUGACAUUAGCAGACAGCUGCGCGUCUCCCACGGCUGCGUCAGCAAGAUCCUGGCCCGCUACAACGAGACGGGCUCCAUCCUCCCGGGGGCCAUCGGAGGCAGCAAGCCGCGGGUCACCACACCCACCGUGGUCAAGCACAUACGGACAUACAAGCAGAGAGACCCGGGGAUUUUUGCCUGGGAGAUCCGGGACAGGCUACUCGCCGACGGGGUUUGCGACAAGUUCAACCUCCCCUCCGUCAGUUCCAUCAGUCGGAUCCUCCGCAACAAGAUCGGGAAUCUGUCCCAGCAGAGCCAGUACGAGUCGGGCAAGCAGCCGCCUCACCCGCCGCCACAGCCGACCUUACCCUACAACCACUUAUACUCAUACCCGACAUCCAAAGUGCCCACUCCCCCUGGCAUGCCCACCCUUCCCGGACACAUGGCCAUGCACAGGAUAUGGCCUUCCUCGCACUCUGUAACAGAUAUUCUGGGGAUACGGUCUAUUACAGAGCAACAAAUUAGUGACAGUCCAUCCUUUUCCAGCGCCAAACUAGAAGAAUGGAGCGCUAUAAACAGGACUAAUUUCCCACCAGCAAGCUCUCCACUAGUCAAUGGCGUGGAUAAACCGCAUUUAGAACCUGAAGCAAAAUACACACAGACGCCGAGUGGAUUGCCCACAGUGAACAGCUAUGUCACAGCACCCAGCAUCCCUCCUUACCACCCUCCCACCCAAGUGUCACCCUACAUGGGGUACAGCGCCACCACGUCGGCCUAUGUGACCGGACCCACAUGGCAGCCGGCCAGUGGCAGUGCUCUAUCUCCCCACAGCUGUGACAUCGCCACCCCUCUGGCCUUCAAGAGCAUGACAGCCAGCCGGGACGCCAUCCACCCGGUCGCCGCCUCGGCGCUGUGAAGUCGGCUCCACAGACUGA